CGACACGCACGACCUCGAUAGCGUCUCUAUAAUUUGCAAGCAGACAUGUUCGCUACGUUGUCGCUGAAAUUCUGUGUUCUCCUCUUCUUUGCGAUUGUCGCAAAUGGCAACUUUGUGGAGGAUGAUAAAAACCAUCUAAGGUUUCCACCAGGCUUUGUUCUGGGAGCUGCGACAGCCGCAUACCAAAUAGAAGGAGCUUGGAAUGUGAGCGAUAAAGGGGAAAGUACUUGGGACCGUUUCUGCCAUUACAAGGAUGGACGUGUCUAUGGUAAGGCCACGGGCGAUGUGGCUACCAACUCUUACUACAAGUACAAGGAAGACGUAGCUUUGUUGAAGAAACUUGGGUUCACGUCGUACAGGUUUUCCGUGAGCUGGCCACGAAUAUUGCCGACAGGAUUCGCGAAUUACAUUAGCCAGGAUGGCGUUCGUUAUUACCACAAUCUGAUCGACGAGUUAUUGGCGAACGAAAUCGAGCCGCUCAUGACACUUUAUCACUGGGAUCACCCUCAAGUUCUCGAAGAUGCUGGUGGCUGGCUGAAUUCGGAAAUGGUCAACUGGUUCGGCGAUUAUGCCAGAAUCUUGUACAGAGAGUACGGAGAUAAGGUGAAGCGGUUCAUCCCGAUAAACGAAGCCCACUCCGUAUGCAUAAAUGGUUACUCGACCGGGGUGGACGCACCUGGAAAGAAGCUACACGGUAUCGGCGAGUAUCUUUGCAUCCACAACUCGAUCAAAGCCCACGCGAGAGCUUACCGAAUAUACGAAAAAGAGUUCAAACCAACGCAGCACGGCGAGGUCGGAUUCAUGUACAGUUUGCCCACUCCCAUACCAAAGAAUUCAAGUGACAUACUGUCAGCGGUGGUCGGUUUCGAAUUCGCUGCUGGUUGGAUUUUGCAUCCUAUCUAUGCCAAGAAUGGUGACUACCCGGAAAUCAUGAAGGAAAUGAUUGCCGCCAAGAGCAAGCAGCAGGGUUACGCGAGAUCUCGUUUGCCAGAGUUCGAGCCCGAGUGGAUCGACUACAUAAGGGGAACCUCAGACUUUCUAGCGGUAAAUCAUUACACCUCGAAAUUAAUGGAACCCGGUGAAUCAGGUCCAGUACCAUCUCAUGUAAACGACGCGGGUCUUGUAGCAUCCUAUAAACCUUCUUGGGCCAAGACAGCUUCCGACUGGUUAAGAGUUGCACCCGAGGGUUUCCGAUACCUGCUUCGUCAAUUAGCAACGAAAUAUGGAAAUCCACCAAUCUACAUAACUGAAAAUGGUUACUCUGAUACUGGAACCAACCAUGAUUGGGAAAGAAUUCAGUAUUAUCGCGAUUAUUUGGAGCAGAUGCUUUUGGCCAUGUACGUCGAUGGCGUUAACGUGAAAGGGUACUAUCUAUGGUCGCUUCUUGACAACUUUGAGUGGCGACGGGGAUAUAGCGAACGUUUCGGAAUCGUGUCUGUCGAUUUCUCGGAUCAAAACAGGACACGGACCUUGAAGCAAUCUGCUUUAUGGUGGCAGCAAGUUACAGCUGAAAGAAAACUUCCAUUAUCAAUAAUUGUUCCAACGACUCCAAGACCUGAAAUUCCGCUUUCCACUCCAAGACCCACUCCAAGACCCAUUCGAGGACCCAUUUGAAGACCUACUCGGAGACCCUAGAUGGUGAAUUAUCAUCGAUACUUGUCACGAUAGAGAUUAUUCGGAUACUCGUACAUAUGGUUUUUCGAAAAAAGAAAAUCAUCGAUAGUAACAUAAUAAUUACUAUAAAUAAAGUUUGUACUCUGCGCGGGCGUCGCAACUGUUUCAGUAUUACUUAACGCGGAUCAUAACCGACAAACGUCUAUCUGUACUGAUUCAUUCGUUCACGAGAUAUGUAUGUAAUUUAUUUGUAACCUCAGAUGUGUAAGAAUGUCUAUUAUUAUAAAGUGUGUAAAAUCUUAAAAUGUGAAUUUAUUUAAAAACUUCACUUAUUAUAAUGUAAACGACACAAUAUUCACAUAUUACAUAGUUAUAAGUUUUCCUUCAUAACGUGUACAGAAUUAGUGCAGUAUUAUUCCGAUAAAUUAAUCGAUUAUUAAAAUUAUAACGAAUAAUAAUAGAUAAAAUAUGAAUGUAAUCAUAUGGAUGGAAUAUAUUUUGGUGUAGCUAAUUCAUGAGUUUAUCGUCAUGUUUGUAACACAAACUCGGAGCGACCCGUUGCAAAAUACUAACCCGAGCCAAUUUAUAGUAUUCAGUUGAUUCAGCGAAUUAAAACUGUUU